AUGCUCUUCAACCACCUCACCACCACGGUUCUUGCGGCCUUCACUCUUCUCUCUGCUCCAGUUCUUGGUGGCGCGAUCCCUGCUGAGAUUCCCGUUGAGCUCGAGGGAGACUUCCAGGUCAUGGCUGCAGAUAUCGGGAUCAAAUUCUGGAACUCCAACCAAUGCAAAAAGUCAUACGGAGGCACGAGGAGCUACAACAGAGGGUCAUGCAUCAAUCUUGAUUCCGCCUACAUUGGAGUGAGCAUCCAGAACAGGCAGGGCGUCUGCCGCCUGGUCAAGUACAAGUGGGACAAUUGCAACACCGAAGUGGGAAGAAUUACGAAUCUCGACGACUGUUACGAUGUUGGGGAAGGAGUCAAGUCUCUUGGAGUCACUUGCGC